AUGUUCUGCACUAGGAGAACUAAUGUAAAUUUGGUUUACCCUGUAACCAGAUUCCUGCAGAGAUGCUCAGCUCAAAAGUCUCGCUACUAUUCCAGCCUUGUCCUUUCACCAGAUGUCAAACGUGCCUUAGCUGCCAAGAAGCCCGUCGUCUGCUUGGAAAGUACCAUUAUCACGCAUGGUAUGGCCUAUCCGCAAAAUCUCAACAUGGCGCGUCAAGUGGAGUCCGUCAUUCGUCAACACGGCGCAACGCCUGCUACGAUCGCAAUCCUGAAUGGUAAAGCGCACGUUGGUCUACAAGACGCAGAUCUCGAGUUACUUGCAUCGACGGGUCAAGCUGCGAGAAAAGUCUCGAGACGUGAUCUAGCCACCAUUCUCGCUGAUAAAGCCGUCGGCGGAACAACUGUGAGUGCAACCAUGAUAUUGGCAAAAAGAGCAGGCAUCAAGGUGUUUGUGACGGGUGGAAUCGGUGGUGUUCAUCGCAAUGCCGAGUCGACAAUGGAUAUCUCUAAUGACUUGAACGAACUUUCAAGAAACGACGUCGCUGUUGUCUGUGCUGGUCCUAAAGCCAUCCUUGAUAUUCCAAGAACACUAGAAUACCUCGAGACUAUGGGAGUCACUGUCACAACCGUUGGGCAAAAGAAUCUGCCUGCGUUCUAUUCGAGAGAUUCUGGAAUCAAGUCUCCUCAAAUGUCACCGUCGCCUGAGCAUGCGGCCAGUAUCAUUGCAGCAAACCAAAGUCUUAAACUCGAAAGCGCAGUCCUCGUAUGUGUUCCGAUCCCAGAGAAGGCUGGACUGGAUGGCAAGAUGAUGGACUCCGUCAUCCAAAAGGCGGUCCAAGAUGCCGAUGCGCAAGGCAUUCGCGGCAAGGACAGUACACCUUUCCUACUGGCUGCAGUAUCAGAAGCAACGAAGGGCAGGUCCCUGGAGGCCAAUAUUGCUCUUGUGAUGGAGAAUGCUCGGGUCGGCGCUCAAAUCGCGGUGCACCUUGCCGACCUCGAAAAUGGGCCCACCUCCUUCGCUGAAGCUCUUAUGGAGAACGAAGAGGCGACAUUCAUUCAGCAACCCGAAGAAUCUGUUCAAGUUCUUGCAAUUGGUGGCGUCGCUGUAGACAUCACCUGUUCAGUACCAAAGCCGACAGGCGGUGUGGCUUCACUCCUGCACACAUCUAAUCCAGGCAAGACUACGCGUUCACUUGGUGGCGUCGCUGCAAACAUGGCUCGUGCAGUGCGUCAAGCUGGCCAACCAGUCAGACUCGUGACCGCCGUAGGCAACGAUACUGACGGCACAUUUGCUCUUGAACAAUUGAAAGUUCAUCGCAUCGAUACAUCGUUCACACAUGUUUCAGAGACUGGCAGAACCGCUUCGUACACCAAUAUUCAAGCUGGUGGAGAAUUGGUCACUGCUGUUGCGGAUAUGGACAUCCUUCGCAUAAUUUCUUCUGGAUCUAUCAAUCAAGCUCUGCAAGGACAGAAAGGCGGUUGGGCCAUCAUUGAUGCGAAUCUCAGCUCGGAGACGUUUUUCAGUGCCUUGAGAGCAGCGAAAGAUCAACAGAUUCAGGUCUGUUUCGAGCCAACAUCAAUUGCUAAGUCUGCCAUCGCAUUCAGUACUGACGAGAAGUUAACAGUCUUUCCAGAGUCGAUGAUCGAUAUGGUCACACCCAACAUCCACGAGCUCAAAAGUUUGUUUGAUGCUGCAAAAGCAACGGGAUACUUUGAGACGGCGUCUUGGUGGACAGUUAUCAAUGCUAUGAAUAUCAUGUCUGAGCAACGCUCACAAAUGGAACACCUCGCCAGACGAAUUCAGCGCAAAUCUGGAUCCGAUAGCGACAUGCUCGAGAGUGGCGUAUUGCAGCAAUGUAUUCAGCUAUUGCCACUCAUGCCCAACAUUUACGUGACGCUUGGCAAGCAAGGUGUGUUGUCGCUUCAUCUCUCCGAUGGCGUGCAAAGCAAGGGCAAGACUGAUUUGGGCCUGCACAUACAAGGCCAUGAUUGUGCAGUGGACAUCAUGUACUAUGCCACGCCUGAAACUGUGGGAGGUCACGAAAGCGAUACAGGUGCUGGAGAUACGUUCACCGGCUCACUCAUUGCUGCAUUUGCAAAUGGAAGGCCCAUUGUCACUGCGGUGCAUGAUGCGCAAAAGGCUGCUAUCGCACACUUGAGCCGUGGUACUGCACAAAGGGGUUAG